AUGAGCUCCACACCUCCCACCGGCGUGCCCACCAUGGCCGACGGGCCGCCCAGGCUCGAGAAGAAGCCGGUCAAGUUCAGCAACCUGCUGCUUGGUGCGGGUCUCAACCUGUUCGAAGUAACGACUCUGGGCCAGCCGCUGGAAGUCGUCAAGACGACCAUGGCUGCCAAUAGGUCUGAGGGCAUGGCGGGCGCCGUUGCUCGCGUCUGGAGUCGUGGUGGAGUCUUUGGCUUCUACCAGGGUCUCAUCCCGUGGGCCUGGAUCGAAGCCUCCACCAAGGGCGCCGUCCUCCUCUUCGUCGCCUCCGAGGCCGAGUUUUACGCCAAGUCGUUCGGCGCACCCGACUUCCUCGCCGGUAUCUCGGGUGGUAUGGCUGGUGGUCUCGCGCAGGCCUACGCUACUAUGGGCUUCUGCACCUGCAUGAAGACGGUCGAGAUCACAAAGCACAAGGUCGCAGCUGCCGGCGGCAAGCCCCCAACCACCAUCGAGACCUUCAUGGGCAUCUGGCGCGCCGAAGGCCUCCGUGGCAUCAACCGCGGCGUCAACGCCGUCGCUGUGCGCCAGGUCACCAACUGGGGUUCCCGUUUCGGUCUGUCCCGUGUUGCCGAGACCGGUAUCCGCAGGUUCACCGGUAAGGAGGGCGGCGAGAAGCUGAGUGUCAUCGAGAAGAUCACCGCUUCUGCCGUUGGUGGUGGUUUGAGCGCAUGGAACCAGCCCAUCGAGGUCAUCCGUGUCGAGCUUCAGUCUAAGACCGUCGAUCCCAACCGCCCCAAGAACCUCAAUGUCGCGUCCGCUGCGAGGUACAUCUACUCCAACAACGGUAUCAAGGGUCUCUACCGCGGUGUCACGCCCAGAAUCGGUCUCGGUAUCUGGCAGACGGUCUGCAUGGUUGCUCUUGGUGAUGUUGCAAAGGAGGCGGUCGAGAAGCUCACUGGCGACAAGGUCACUGCGAAGCACUAG